GCCCCUCCCGCGCGGCUGAGGGCGGCGGGCAGAGGCCGAGCCCCGGGAGACGGCAGCGCCCGCAGCUCCCUCAGCGCCGCAGCGAUGGCUCAAGCUGACAUUGCUUUGAUUGGACUGGCCGUGAUGGGUCAAAACCUUAUUUUGAACAUGGAUGAUCAUGGCUUUGUGGUUUGUGCUUUUAACAGGACAGUUUCCAAAGUGGAUGACUUUCUGGCCAAUGAGGCCAAAGGUACCAAAGUGAUUGGUGCUCACAGUCUGGAGGAGAUGGUCUCUAAGCUGAAGAAGCCCCGGCGCAUCAUCUUGCUGGUGAAGGCCGGAAGUGCAGUGGAUGACUUCAUCAAUAAGUUGGUGCCCUUGCUGGAGACUGGAGACAUCAUCAUUGAUGGUGGGAAUUCUGAGUAUAGAGAUACCACGAGACGUUGCAAGGAGCUGCAGGAAAAGGGCAUCUUGUUUGUUGGGAGCGGCGUUAGUGGUGGGGAGGAGGGUGCCAGAUAUGGCCCUUCACUCAUGCCAGGAGGAGCCAAAGAAGCCUGGCCUCACAUCAAGACCAUAUUUCAAAGCAUUGCUGCUAAAGUGGGAUCUGGGGAACCUUGUUGUGACUGGGUAGGAGAUGAGGGUGCUGGACACUUUGUGAAGAUGGUGCACAAUGGGAUUGAAUAUGGAGAUAUGCAGCUGAUCUGUGAGGCCUAUCAUCUGAUGAAAGAUGUGCUGAACAUGGAGCAUGAUGAGAUGUCAAAGGUAUUUCAGGAAUGGAAUAAGACAGAGCUGGACUCUUUCCUGAUUGAAAUCACAGCCAAUAUUCUCAAAUUCAAAGACAGUGAUGGCACUUACCUCCUCCCAAAGAUCAAGGACAGUGCAGGACAAAAAGGCACAGGGAAGUGGACAGCCAUUUCUGCCUUGGAGUAUGGAGUCCCUGUCACACUCAUAGGUGAAGCUGUGUUUGCACGAUGCUUGUCUUCCCUCAAGGAUGAGAGGAUACAGGCCAGUAAGCUGCUGGAGGGGCCUAAAUCCACUCAGUUUAGUGGGAACAAGAAAGCCUUUCUGGAGGACAUACGCCAGGCCCUGUAUGCUUCCAAGAUUAUCUCCUAUGCUCAAGGCUUCAUGCUGCUGAGACAAGCAGCAAAAGAAUUUGGCUGGACACUGAAUUAUGGUGGCAUUGCACUGAUGUGGAGGGGAGGCUGCAUCAUCAGGAGUGUGUUCCUGGGGAAAAUCAAAGAUGCUUUUGAUCGAAACCCUGAUCUGCAGAACUUGCUGUUGGAUGAUUUCUUUAAGACAGCUGUUGAAAACUGUCAGGACUCCUGGCGACGAGUGAUCAGUACUGGAGUACAGAUUGGGAUCCCUAUGCCCUGCUUCACUACAGCACUUUCAUUUUAUGAUGGAUACAGGCAUGAAGUACUGCCAGCUAACUUGAUUCAGGCCCAACGUGAUUACUUUGGUGCACAUACAUACGAGUUACUAUUGAAGCCAGGUGUGUUUAUCCAUACUAACUGGACAGGCCAUGGGGGAAAUGUGUCCUCUUCUGCCUAUAAUGUCUAAAGAAAUAAUUCCUCUUGAGGCCCAGAUACUGUAGUUGUCAGAUACUCUACCUAGAAUAUCACUUUUUACUGUACUGUGCUAGAACCUGUGUUUGGACACUUUUGUAAUAACUUGUGGGUAUAUUUCAUAUACAAAUAUAUCAAUAGAUAUAAAAGAAAGCUAAAUAAACUUACUUAUAAA